AUGCCUCCAUCGUGGUUGUUAAACCCCAUCAUCGAACCAAGCCUCACCCAUUUCCACCACUCUGCACUCGGUCAUCAUCCGCAAGUCACCCUAGGAUCACCACACUCAAUCACGCCUUUGUGCACUUCACUGCUCACCACCACUCUACCAUUGCGGGCCUCUCACCGUGGGGCCAUCACGAGCCAACCACGAUCACUCUCAACCCCACUGCGCGACCACUUGUUGGAGGUGUUGUUCCCUGUCGUGCCCACUCUCACUUGGCUUUCUUACGAGUUACUUCUUCUUUGUAUUGAGGUUAGGUAG